UCAUCGUGCUCUCCUCACUCAUAAACCAUUCAAACCAAAGGUGGACGGACAUACAGAACUAAGGACGACAGCUCUCUAUCUCGCAUCACCACUUCACUCGCAAACAGAUCAAGAAUGGCCACUGUCGUCGUUUUUGGCGCCACGGGCGUCCAGGGCGGCUCCGUCGUCAACCGGCUUUUGAAGAACCCCAAGUACAAGGUCCGCGCCGUCACGCGGAAUCCCGAUGGCGAGGCCGGCAAGAAGCUCGCCUCCCAGGGCGUCGAGGUCGUCGCCGGUGACGCUAACGACAAGGCGAGCGUCGAGGCCGCCUUCAAGGGAGCCGAGGCUGCAUUUUUCGUCGCCGCGUACUGGCCCUCGGUCGCCACGCUCGGCUUGGUUGGUGCCGGAGAAGAGGAGCUGGUGCAGUACCAGAACGUUGCCCACGCGGCCGCCGCCUCGCCCACGCUUAAGCACCUCGUGCUCUCCACGCUGCCGCCAGCCGACAAGUCCUCGGGCGGCCGCCUCAAGGUCCCGCACUACGACUUCAAGGCCUAUGCCGUCGACUGGAUCCAGCGUACCCUGCCCGAGCUGUGGGCCAAGACGACUGAGGUCUGGCCCGGCUUCUACGACUCAAACUUUGCCGCCUUCGCCAUGGUCAAGCCCCUCUACCUUGCCGCUGCAGACGCCUACCUCAUCCCCAUGCCGGCCAAGAAGUCGAGCAUCCUGCCCGUCGUCGGCAGCGUCGAGACGAACCUGGGAGUAGCCGUCGAGGCGAUCCUCACUACAGGUGCGCCCGCGUUCAGCAAGCUGCUCGUGCUCGUGACCGACUAUGUGGCGGCGGGUGACGUGCCGGCGUACUUUUCGCGCGCCACGGGCAAGCGCGCCGUGUUCCUCGAGUACAGCGACGCCGACAUCAUCACCGUGUUCGGCAUCCAUGGCGACGAGUACGCCGCCUCCAUGCGCUGGGCUGCCGAGUUCCCCGUCUGGGAGGACCCCAAGGUCGUCGCCGACCGGACCCGCCUUCUCACCCUCGAGCAGGUCGGUCUCUCCAAGGCCGACCUUGUCGGCUUUGAUGCCGGCCUGGCGCUGAUCAAGGACAAGCUUGUCCAGUGAUCUGACGUGGUCGUCGGGGACGGAGGCAAGCCUGUUUCGAAGUGGUGGCUCAAUAGACUCUUGCAAUGAUGAAAUAUGAAUACUUUUCUACGGUAGAUCUCGUCUUUUCUUUUGGCUUCUCGUCUCCCGUAAAAGAAUACCAUUUCCCUAUGAGGUGCAUUAGGUAGGUAUCUAGUCUAGGUACCGGCGUCAAC